UUUUCUGCUUCAUAUGUAUGACAACCCUGUCAUGGUCAACUGUGGUGCUUCCCAAAUUAUCAAAUUUUGACACAAGUCCCAUUGGAAGAAGGGUGGGCAUGGAAGAAGAGAGUUGGAUAUCAUCCAUUAUAAAUAUAAGUGCCAUAUUCAGUGUCUUCAUUUUUGGAUAUUUAGCAGAUAAAACAGGAAGAAAAUGUACUUUAUUGAUAGCUGGUAUGCCGUAUCUGCUAAGCAACAUAAUUCUUGCGUAUGCAUCAUCGGUGUACCUAUAUUAUAUAGCUAGGUUUCUUAUGGGUUUUACUAUAGGAACUCUUUCUCUUUUGCCUGUAUAUAUUAGCGAAAUCAGCCACAAAAACCAUAGAAAUGUAAUAGGACCUUUAAUUGGUUGUGCUGGGUGUUUUGGUGCUCUAUUUCCUAACCUGUUGGGACCCUUCGUUUCCAUGAAAACGUUCAGUUUAGUACAAGCUGCUCUGGCUGCAAUUUAUUUGGUAUUUUUUGCGAUUUUGGGAGAGGAAGGUCCACAAUUUUAUAUAAUCAGAAACAGGGAGUUUCAAGCCAGGGCCGUUCUAGAACGCUUAAGAGGUAGUUACGACGAUAUUGACGAAACAUUUGCGGAAAUUAAAAAUGGAUAUAAUGAAGAAAAACAAGGGACAUUACGAGAUAUAUUAACUUCUAGAUCUUUAAAAAAAGCGUUUAUUAUGUGUACGGUAUUACUUAUUUUGCAGCAAUUUUGUGGCAUUGUUGCAAUAUCUUUUUACGGACAAACACUAUUCGAGAAAAGCAAUAUACAACUAUCUCCAGAGUUAUCUGUUAUACUACUGGGAACGAUUCAACUGAUGGCGAGUUUUAUAACGCCUUUUGUAAGCACUAAAUUUGGCAAAAAACCUUUACUAAUUAUCUCAGGAAUAUUAACAGCGUUGUCACAAAUAGUUCUAGCUAUCGAUAGUUAUUUCGAUGGAUUUGUAAGAUUCGCCCCAGCUUUUAGGUAUUUACCUCUGUUAUGCCUUAUCGUAUUUAUUAUCGGUUACAGUCUAGGUCUUGGACCACAACCCUGGAUGAUAGUUGGAGAAGUAUUUCCAACCAGAGUAAAGACAGUUAUUAGUUCUGUGGAAGGCUUCACUAUUUUUGUUUGUGCCUUUUUAUUGACCAAAUACUACAUGCACAUUGUGAGAAUGAUCGGCAUGCAGGGCUAUUUUCUUUUCAGUGCCAUAGUCUGUAUUAUAGCCACAAUAUUUUCAAAGUUUUACGUGAUCGAGACGAAAGACAAGAGUCUUGAAGAAAUACAGAGAGAUCUAUCUAGGUAAUUUUUAUUACCACCACACUUAUAAAUGCACAAACAAAAAUGUGUAUUUUUAUUUAGUCAUAAUGUCUUCUUUUCUCUAACUUUGCCGUAUAUUCGGUUAGAAUAUUACCAUUCUAUCUUAGUCCAGGGCGCAUCUGUUUUGAGAUGGACGUUGAGAGGUGACUCAAUUUUUUUUGCAGAAAUUGCUUGGAAAUAACUCAAAUAUUAAUAUUUGAGUUAUCCUCCCACUCAAAAUGGUCCGGAACAUUGUUUGAGGGCCGGUAUUUCAACAGCUACUUAAGCUUUUGCUUAGCUCCUGUGUCAAAAGUUAAGGAGAAGCUUAAGCUGGGUGCCGUAUUUCCAUCAUUUCCUUAACUAAACUGGUCCUCAAUUGUCAAGUUAAUUGGUUUGAUACUUCUGAAUACGUCAAAAUGCCAAAAUUAACUGUUCUGAGGUAAAAACCACUACAGUGUUGACAUUUAAUUUUAUCUUGUCAUCUGUAUCUGCUUCAUUCAUUUUUACUUCACUUUGUGUACAUGGUACUGUGUUGUUAGUAUAUUGU